AUAACUAUAAAUGAGUAAGAAAUAGAAUCAAGCUCUCUCGAUUUUAAAUUUUUUACUUCCGCCAUUAAUGACCUACGAUUGAAAGCAAUUCCAUAAGAAAAACACAGGUUUUGUUCAUUUUAGAAUAAAACAUGGGAGAUUCAACAAGUAGAACUCACACGGUCAAUACUUGUCAUGUGUGUGGAGAUGCAGGCUUUUUGAAGAAGAUUGUAACUUGCUUUCAGUGUGAGACAACGCAGGAACAUGUCUAUUGCAUGCCAGUCCUUCUCUUGACGGUACCACAAAUUUGGAUCUGUAAUGCGUGUCGAUCUAAGGAAGAGAACAAUUUUCAAAUGUCACUCAACUCUGAUAUAGUUUGCAGUAGUACUAUGCAAUCCAUAGUUACUGUUGAGCUUUCUGAGAAUCCAGGGAUUUUGCUAAAUUUCGAAAAUGAAACUACUGUUGGUUCUGGGAAACUAAAUUCAAUUUCUAGUCAAGAAGCCAUUGAACAGUUGUCAAGCGCCUUGAAAUUGGAAAACCAUUCUGCUAAUAGACAAGGUUCAAGCUCUGGCCAAUCAACUUCCAUUAUUGAGCCAUCAACUACUGCUAUUGGGUUUAAAACUCCACCUUCAAAGUUCUCAAAGCAGACGGUGAAAGCAAGUCCUAUUGUUGGGCUUAGAGAGUAUUCCUUGCCCCCUGGAAAUGAUGUUGCAGAAUCCAGUUUAAUGACUCAACAGCUGGCAUGCCAAAUUAAAGAUGAAAGGACUUCUCUGGAAUAUCAGGAAAAGUACGUCGUUAAAGAAGAGCCAGCAGCGAUCUUAUUGCCUGCUAAAAGAGUUAAGAGCCCAAUAUCUACAUUUAGGAAGACAGUUAAGCUUUCACAUUCACCAGUGGAUUGUAAAUCAACCGCUUACUCAGGACAUAGCUUACAUAUUGAUGCUUACUCCAAGACUUUGUGUGUUCAAGAAGAUGAUAAACCAAAGCUUUUGCCCAAAAUUGAGAAAUAUUUUCCACAUCAGCCUGCUCCAAAAGUCACUUGGUGUGGAAGCAUAGAGAUUUGCUUUUCCGUUUCCCAUAGUGAACUCUUUGAUGGUUUUCGGGCAUAUGUUCCUGGCGGGGUUCACUCUAAAGCCUUUGAAUUCUUGAAAAAGAUGCCUGGAGUACUGCGUUGUACAAUGUUUCAAUCCUCUAGUUUGGGAAUUUUUCAAGAUGGGUAUCCAAAAGAUAGAGCAGUAUACUUUUUCCCUAUCAACUUUGAGAGGUCAAGACAACAGUACGAGCGCCUUUUUUUGAUGCUGGAGAUGAAAGAUAUAGUUCUGAUAAGUUCACUAAGUGAUGUGCAGCUGUUAGUUUUUCCUUCUAAAAGGCUGAAACUGAAUUUUCAUGGAUUAGAACGGUUCUUAUGCGGAUUGUAUCGCCCAAUCAAGCAUGAACAGGGAGUCGUCCCUCGAGCACUGGUCAAAGUGGAGAAGCAAUAGCACAAUGAUUCAGCUGUUCCUCCUGGUUCCUAGUAGAAGCAUCCUGUUGCUUGGGAGGUGAUCUUUAAAAAAAAAGCUUGCCUGAAAAAACGGUAUUUGUGGUAAAUGAUUACGAGGGCUAAUACUAUAGUAAAAAAACACUAGAAAUUUGUUCAUAUGUUUGGUGGAAAACCUGCUAACCACUACAGUUGCUUGUACGUCGAAAAAGCUGAAACUAUGAGUAAUUCUAUGAUUAGAAUUAUGACUGAAAAUAUAGAAAUUCUUAGGUA